GCAGAUACUUCAUCCUACAACAUUCUUCUUCGCUCCCUAUUUAUCGAGACGACCAAGUCCCCCUGGGAGUUGCAUUGCACACACAUACAUACGUAGAGAGAUCCAAAAUACCCAACCUCGCAGAGUAAAAGCAAAAAGAAGAAGAAAUCAGAGAGAAUGUCGUGGCAAGCAUACGUUGAUGAGCAUUUGAUGUGUGAUGUCGGCGACGGCCAAGGUCACCACCUUACCGCCGCCGCUAUCAUCGGCCAUGAUGGUAGCGUUUGGGCUCAGAGCGCUAAUUUUCCUCAGUUCAAACCUCAAGAGAUCACAGACAUUAUGAAGGAUUUCGAUGAGCCUGGUCACCUCGCUCCCACGGGUAUGUUCCUCGCAGGGCUAAAGUAUAUGGUCAUCCAAGGCGAGCCUAAUGCUGUCAUCCGUGGCAAGAAGGGAGCUGGGGGAAUCACGAUCAAGAAAACAGGACAAUCAAUGGUGUUUGGUCUGUACGAAGAGCCAGUGACUCCAGGACAAUGCAACAUGGUUGUCGAGAGGUUGGGUGAUUACUUGAUCGAACAGGGUCUUUGAACCAUCUACAAUGUUUUAUAUCUCUUUCUCUAUAAAUCAUUAAACCUUUGUUUCUCUUUUUGGGUUUUGGUUUUCCGUUUCUAUAAUUUAAUUUUGGGUCUUCCUGGUUUCUACUUUAGCCAAGUUUAACAGAAAGCUUAAGCCUAAGGUUGCAGAUAAUAACACUAAGCCUGUGUGAAGAAGCCAAGACUUAUAAGACUUUUGUUUCUUUUUUCUCUUUUUCAUGGUUAUUGAUUAAUUUGUGUUUUUAAAAAAAAAUUAAUUUUAUAGUAUUGUUGCGUAUAUAUAAACUUGUCAUGUUAAUUAAUAUCUCAUUUCUUCAUAUACAUACCAAAGCCAUCAUGGAUAACAAUUAAUUAUGUAAUCGGGUGUUGGACAUAUAAUAGCUAUCCAUGCGUUU